AUGGGUAGUGUUCUUGGGGCUAUUACAGAAAAUUCUGUGUUUACAUAUUGGUUUACAUCAGCAUUUGAUGACAGUGAUAAUGAUAAGGAUGAAGAAAAAGUGAAGGAAAAAAAUAUUGAAAAAUCGCUUAAAAGUAAUAAAGGUAUUGUUAUUAAUGAAAAUGCAAAUAUUGAAGCUUCAAAAGAAAUUUCUGUGAAAGAAAAAGAACAUUUUUCAUUGAAAGGAAAAGAAAAAUUGAAUGAAAAUAAAAUAAUACAAAUAAAAACUGAUGAAAAAGAAAUUAGUUCAUCAUCAAAGAAAUAUGAUGAAGAUUAUGAUAAAAAUAUUAAUCUGCAAACGGAAAUCAAAGAAUCAAAGGCAGCAAAAAAAGGAGGUAUACAAGGAGUCACUCUAGUACAUAAAAGCGCGAACUUAGAUUCGAAAUACUCCUCUCGCCGAGCCAAGUUUGAAUAUGUAAUAUUCUUUCACGGAGACGAAAACUCGGGGAGGAAAAACCAUUAGGAGACCAAGCUGAUUUUUGGGGUGAAAAAUUUGAUUUUACAAAUGUUAUCUCAUUUGGCGGCUCCUCGAGCAUACAUUAGUCGAAUGACUACAAAAUUAACUUGGUUGGAUGAUUAAGAAUAAAGUUAUGACACUAAAUCUUCACUGGAAAAAUGUUUCUUCUCCUACGGAGGGUGGGACGGACUAUGGAGGGUAGAACCGGCUUAAGUAAAAGCUUUUAGCAAAAAAUUGAUGAUUAUAAAGCUAAAUGCUGUGGAACUAUUAAAUUUUUUAUUUACUUUUUUACUCAUUUCUGUUGCGUCGAACGUGGUCAUCGUUCCGUUAACGGUAAAAAAUUUUCCACGGAAGCCUCAUGUGAAGGGUAAAAAAACAAACUAUCAUAACUUUGUCCAAUCAUGUCUCUUAGAAAGGAAUAACAUACUCAAAAUCAGCUCGAAGAGUUUAAGUUCGUCU